GUCACGCCGCCACCGGAUUUUCGCGAAAUGUCAUGAAAUCUGUAAGAACAAAUAUGCAACAAGAUGGCCCAGGAACAGAAGACUCCACCUUUCCACCUCUGGAAGUAGAAUAUUAACAACUAUUUAAGUAAAUGCUGCAUGACUAGGAAUUGAGGUGGGAAUCAUUAUGUAAAUUAAGAGAUCAAAACAACUUAAGGACCUCUGCUCAUACAUUUGCCGACAGCUGUUGCACGUAAUACGGGAGCGACAAAAAAAAUGGAAGGCCACUUUGCACAUGUCGCAAAAUUCCCAACUGCUUCCAACGAGCAUUGCACAAUUAGCAUAUUUUGUUCCUUUAUUUGAUCAUUCAGAGAGGCACGAUUGCAAAACGCAGUAUUGCAUAAUACUGUUUGUGUUGCUCGAUCUGGCUGCACCAAUUGACACUUUGUGUUACGUGGUAUGAAGCGGGUUGAGGUGUGAAAGGAGUGAGCUCCAUGGGUAAAUAGCUUCGCGCAAGUGACAAAGUGACAUUGAUGACAAUUUCGCAAAACCUUGUACCUUCGCAACUCGACAGCUUACUGUGCAACACUUGCACUGAGUUUUUAAUAACCUGGACAAGUUUAUCCACAGACAAAAAGGCCGCAAAAUGAUUCAUGCAAGCUGGUGCAAGUGGCCCCUAGAUCCUUCUAGAGCGCAGCUUAGGCGCCCGUUCCAGCGGUGAGCCUCGUAAACGAGCACAACGAAGGAUGAGAGUGAACGCGGAGCGCAGCGGGCGAUGAAUGACGGCGAUAGUGAAGAGAGCGCGAGGAGGAUGGUAUGGCGGAAGCGUCGGAAGGUGUAGUGCCGCUCAAGACGGACUCUGCGGUGACGAUGGCUACGCGAUGGCGCCAGAGUAGCGCGCGUCGUAGAGUAGCGCGUGUCGUCAUGUUUACCAAAGCGCUGUAUGAGCGGAGGUCUGUCUGCGGCGGCUGCUGUCAACGUUUUAGUUGGCUGCUGUGAAUCACGCCCGCGUGUCACCCCCGCGCUGCUUCUCGCGAUCUCCCGGUCAACGAGGCAGUCGCGCCUCGCUUCGCCCCGUUUGGAACGUGCCGCACGAGACAGAUUGUCCGCGCCAGCCAAUAUAUCGCGAAAUGAAAACACAUAUAGAGCUGCGCUAAAAUUUCGCAUUAGGGACUAUCGUAAUCGUCGGAUUUUUUUGUCACUGCAAACGUCGUACAGUUUCAGUUUCGAUGUGUGUUCAGAAAAUUUAGAGUUUAAGAAGAUUUAAUCCAACAUACCAAAAAGCUACCCGCAGCUCUACUUAAGAAAUGCUAAGGUUUAAUAUUUUAUUCUGUUAGAGUGCAUUUGUUGAAUAAGUAAAAUUGGACUUUAUGACGUCAUAUUCACUCGUCUCGAAUUUGCCGAGAAGAGACGCCAUUAUCGCGAUAUCGAGAAGGAGGAUGGCGGACGACAUUCCAUCAUUUCAACUGACAGUGAAUGGGGACAGCCUGCCAGGGCUGGUACUGGUGGACCAGAUGACGGAACAGGCUGAUAGCCCACCACUGCGGUUGGUGCCUGUUGGAGGUGGCCAGUUCCUGCUGGCCAAAAUGGCUGGCCUGGCCCCUGAUGAGGAGAACAGCCUGGCUGUCAGCACCACCACCCAAGAUGACUUGGCAACACAACUGGCAGAGCUGCAGGCUGAGGUUCUGCAGAGGCUAGAGGGGAUCUCCAGCAAGCUGAGUGCAGUAGAGACCCGAUACACCACUCUUGGUGACAAGAUCCACAGUCUAACAGCAAUGCUACGCACACCAACACCUGCUGCAAGCUCCGCCAGCACACCCUCAAGUGACACGAGGACCACUGUGCCAGUUUGUGUCCCAUCACCAGCUGGUGGAACUGUGGAAGACUAUCCAAGUGGUUCCUGGCUUGGGAAUCCAGCCGACCCAGAUAUGCGAGUUCGUGUACCAGUCUCACCUGAGGAUUUGGAGAUGCUCAACCGAACCUGCACCACCCCAGAAAAGAUGGCCUUAACACUACUUGACUUUCUUUUUGACCGAGAAGUGCAGGCUAGCUCAAACAUUUCUGGCACUGGGCGUCAUGGAAAACGACAACUGGACCCACUUCGCAUCUUUGCAAUAAAAUGUCAUCUAGUACACCAAUUCUCCAUCAGUGACCACGACUGGCAUCGAAUCAAACAAAAUAUGGACUCCAAAUGCCGCACAGCUUUCAGGCGCAAAAAUAGAGGAAUGUCGCUUUCAGUCAAGGCAUUUCGUGACAGGGGAGUAUACCCCACCACAGGUUCAAAUUCUUCACAGUCAGCGGAGGACCCUGCUGAGCAGCUAGCCCUUCUCUCUGAAGAUGCUCUGCGUGAUAUCGCCAGCUUACAGCCACAGAUCAUCCGCACCGAGCAUGGGGACAUCCAGGUUGUGCAGGCUACUGCUGAGCAGCUUGCACAAAUGGAACGGGAUCCACAAAUCCACAUUCUCGCCAGCACAGAAGUACUUAGUGCUGCAGACAUUGAACAAAAUGAAACUGAAGAAGAUUUGGAACCCUGACAGUGUUGAAUGGACUGAGGUCCGACAACCGCUUCGUCAACCCUGGUCCCAAGGAGGAGUGAGGUGUGCCACGAGAAGUUGCUUGCUUCUGCUUUGCAAGUUCCAGGAGUCUGGCAGUCCACCUCAUGGCUCCACUUGUCCUGCUUGAGCAGUCUUGGGUGUUGGAAUCUUCAAACCAAAUAGCAUGUAUCCUCAGGAACACCAAAUGGCAUUAGCUGUUCAAAUAGUACUUGAAUAGCUUGGUGUUCAUUUGGUGUUCUUAAGGAUAAGUGGCCAGUCAUGUGAUGUUUAUUCAGCAUCCCUUUCUGCUCAGCAUUGUUGGCCUUAAUUUUAUUGUUAAUUGUGCUCAUAGCUAGCACAGUGUAAUUUAUCAGUGCCCCAUUUCAUGAAGAACCAGACAUUUGUGUGGUUAUGCUUGUUAUACCUGUUGUAUAUAUGUGUACAUAAACGAUUAAAGCACCCAUAUGUUAUCCUUGA